CGAUCUUUCCUUUAUUGGAUUUGACUAAAUUUUGUGUGAUUUUAUAUUUCCCUUAAUUAGCAUAUAAUCUGAAAAGGAAAUUUGGUUGACAGACAUCCCCUCACACGUUAAUUAUGGUAAAUUUUGAUACCUCUUCUUGAUUUCAUUUAACAAGUAGGAAGGAUCUCUUUUUACUUGUUCUAUUCAUGGAAAUUUCAAAUGUUAUAAUUUGACAUACCCUUGUUUAUUUAUUUAUGGCAACUAUAGUAUGAUUGGUGGAACGGAUUGAUUUACCCCAUCCAUUUAAGGGAACAAUCCCCUUAAUUGAUUCAUUAUAUGUUAUUCUUCCUUCAUUAAAUAUUAUUCUUCCUUCAUUAUUUGGGAUUAUGGACGGCCCUCCUCACUAUAUAAACUCACCAUCCUCUUUUUCUAAGUGGACAGACUUUUCCUUCGCUAUUACUCCCUCUAUUUUCUGUUAAAAGUACUUUGAAGUUCUUUGGCACUUUGGAUUUCGAAAAACAUUCGGUCUUCUCCUUGCUGCAAUUGCUUUGGGUUCUAUUAUUAUUGUUUAGUGCCUAAUCAGUUAGUCUCUAUCGACACAUUCUUUUCUUAUUCUGUAGCAUUUGUGAUAGCAAAGCAUUGAAAGCAUGUCUAUAGGAACUAAUUUAAAAUAAUUAUGUUGUGCUUACUUGUUAUGCCUGUGUUUCUUUGUUCCUCUAUAUAAGACAAUCUGUUGGUAUAUUCAAGUAUUCCUUCUAUGCUUGUACCACUCUUUUGCACGUAUGUGACAGGUAUUAAGUGGUAUUGGAAAAGUCUCCGGGGACUUGGGAGUGGUUUCUAAUUUCUUUCUUAGUUUAGUUUCAUAGCUUCAUUUUAUUUAUUCAUUGGUCUGUAUUGUAAUACAAACCUCACUGAUGUAAUGGUAAUUAUUGGGAUGGGGAUUUGUGCUCUAUGAAUCGCGUAGGCAAACACAACCUUAGUUUGUCCAUUCUUAAUUAUCCUACGCAUCAAAACUUGUCCCAUUUCCCCUCACACGAAGAUUCUCGUCCUUACACUGUGAAUAAAGCAAGUGAUGAGCCGUUUUCAUCACUUACAACUUUAUUUUCUGCUAAUCUUAUUCUUUCUCUGAACAGCAGAAGGUUUCACUUCCUGAGGUUACUCAAUAGCCUAAAGAAAGGAUUUUUAUUCUAUUUUUUGUGUGAGAUCUUAUUAGGAAGACAAAGUGUGUGAAUCACAUUCAGCAGAGUGGGAGAAAAGGUGAAGAAAUUUAAGAGAGGAUUUUGAAGGAUGAAUGUUAGCUCAGCUAGAGAAAUGAAUGAUAGUUUAGCCACUAUUUCUGAGAGAAAACCUCAAAGGCCUUGUGGUUGUGUGGGCAUUUUCUUUCAGCUCUUUGAUUGGAACCGUAGAUUUUCCAAGAAGCUGUUUCCAAAGAAACUGCUUUCACUAGCUUGCUUAAAACAAGCUUCAAAAAAGUUUGGAGGGGAUGAGAAGAAGCCAAAGCUUCGUUUGAUUGUUGAUGAGAACAGUGGGGGUUUUCCAAAUGCAAAGAAUAAUGGAAUGACCAAUACACGUUAUGAAAGCAAGCGCGAAAUAAAAGCUCCAAGUUUGGUUACUAGGCUUAUGGGUUUGGAAUCGAUGCCAGCAGGAUCAGGCAGUAAGCCCCAAAAGGCUUCAACUUCUGAAACUUGGAGCAAUGUGGCAGACAAACUUGGUGCUCGACCUGGUAGAUCUGAUAAAGAAGAUAUGGAUUUGGAGAUUGCCGAAAUAAUCAGUUUGGAAUCGAUGCCAGCAGGAUCAGGAAGUAAGCCCCAAAAGGCUUCAGCUUCUGAAACUUGGAGCAAUGUGUCCUACUAGAUAUUUUUCUCCUUCAGAAGAUGAAGCAGAUUUAGCACCUCAUCAUUUGGAAAGACCUAAUCCUUGUGUGGAUUCAAAGAUUUUGAAAGGAACAUCUGUGCCUUCAUGUAAAAAUUGUGGUUAUUUUCUUCAUAGUAAGAACGGUACACCAAGUGUGGAAGAAUACUCAUCGUCUGUCUCGUCACCUGUCUCUUGUGAAUCUGGACCUCCGUGAGAAGGUCCAGGAAGAAAUAUGCCAAGGUUGCCCAUUUUCAGCAGCAGGGAUCAACUAAAGAGAGUUAUUGAGGGUUCAUCCUCAGACGCCACUGCUGAAAUCGAUGAUGUAUCAUACUAUGCAGAACUCAUAUUGGGCGAAAGAUCUACUAGCAGAACUCGAAUGGAGAUGCAUGGAACCCGCCAAGGGAACAAUGUAAAGAAGGAUACAUCAUCUAUCACUCAUGUGGUUAAUUAGAAGCAAAAUCAAACAGCUCAAAAUAGAGAGAGGGGUCUUAUAAAGUCUAAGCCAAGUAGUUUGCAGAGCAACAGAGUUUUAGCAGUUGCAGAAUCUAUGAAUAAUACCCAAAAUUUUGUUGCACAAAAUAAAAGGCCUAGCAGGAAAGAAGAUUUAUGUGAUGAUGGUGCUGUAUCUUCUAGAAAUACUUGCAUGAAUUUCCAGGCCAUACUAGAUUCAGAAGCAACAAAUUUUGUUGGGAAUUCACUUGAUCACCAUAGUUCAGGAUGUGUUCUUGAAGCUGCCUUUUCAACUGACAGCUACCUCUCCAGCAGUCCCAAUAGUAGCUCAAAGGACAAAGUGUUUACUGAAUAAGUGGACACUAUUGAUGAUGCUGAUAGAGAUCUUUCGGAUUGUGAGACCUCAUUAUCCACCAGGAAGAGUUGUAGAGAACUGAUCACAGACCAUUUUAAUAGCGUUUUUGGAGUGCUAAGGAAGAUUGAUCUGUUAAAAGAAAGCAAACUCAGUUACGCAAAAUAGGUCAUUUUGAACACUGAACUCAUAUUUGGAACUACACCUCAACAGUAGGCUCUACCUGUAGAGGAUGGGUUCUUUGUGAGCUAUUUUCUCCUCAAUGAACAUGAAAUGUUUUCAAGUCUUCUGUGGAUGAAUGUUGGUCAGUUGCUUGGCUUUAACGACCCAAAACAAAUGAAUUAGCUUAAAGGAUUCGCCUUUGAUUGUCUAUUAGAGUACCGAGACUCAAAAUUUGCUCGAUACUCUAAUUCUGGUUUCAGAACCUUCACCAAACUACCAUCAAGUAUGACCAAAGAGAUUCUGAUUGCUGGUGUUAUUGAAGAGGUCGAAGAUUGGACAGAAUUCUUGAUUUGAAUCCAGAUGAGCUAAUAGAAUGGGAACCCAUCCUCUACUGACUUCCAGAUUGAAGAAUAUGAAUGUGGCACAGAAGUUCCUAGGCAUAUUCUCCAAGAAUUAGUGGAUGAAGUUGUUUUGGACCUCUAUAGUUCUAGCUAAAUUUGGAUGGAACUGUUAGUAGCUCCUCUUUUUGAGACUUUGUUGCAAGCCUAUCAGUGCUGUUCUCAUGUCAUAACUCUUGCCUCAAUAAUGUCAAGCAAAUUAUUUUGUACAAAUCAUUGAUUCUGCAUCUGAUUCUACUUA